AUGCGCUCCCUCUGCACGCGCUGCAGCGCCGUCCUCCGCCAUCAGCGCGCAUUCACCACAUCCGCUGCCCGGCCCUCAGCGCAAAAGUCAAUUCAACAAGUCCUCGCCCAGCCGACAUGGUCUGUUGCGUCUUUCUUGCCAAAGUCCGACGAUGCGAAGUCAACAGCGGAGGAGCCAAUCACGCGAUCGAAACUGCAUCAUCUUCUGCGGCUUUCCGCUCUACCACUGCCCGAAACCGAAGCAGAGGAGGCAGCUAUGCUCCGCACCCUACACUCACAGCUUCACUUUGUGCGGGAUGUACAGAGCGUCGAUACCUCAGGCGUGGAACCUCUGCGCUCGCUACGUGACGAGACGACCGAAGGCAUAGCAGAAGCAACGAUAGGAUUGCAGCAAUUAUCGGAAGCCCUAGGAAAGGAGGUCCGCUUCGGCCACAAGAAACGACCAAAGAGGCAGCGUGGAAACAAGGUUGACACCAAAGGCGUCGAGGACUGGAACCCCUUGGAGACGGCGUCGAGGACGGCCGGCAAAUACUUUGUCGUUCAAAGCAAGAAGGAGGAGUCAUGA